CCCAAAUCCAAUUCCCAGCUCUGCCCUCUUCUUCUUCUUCCUUAGUGUGAUUGAUGAGUCCAUUAAUGGAGCGAGAUUUCUUCGGAGAUCUACCGUCAGAAAUCACGACCAACAUCCUCUCACGCCUCUCCAUCCGAAGCCUCGCAAUCAGCAAGUCCGUUUGCAAACUAUGGCUCAAUCUAAUAAAUUCCGACGAUUUCCACAAAUCCGAAAUCAAAACCCCACCCGCCCUAGCCCUCUUGACAAAGAAGACGAUGGGCUCAACUUGUUGCACGAUUUUUGAAAUUGAAGACAGAGACGAAUUCGAUACGGAGAAGAGCCAUGAUCUUCACUACAUUCCGCUCAUGGAUCUGGAGAUUCCUCACGGAAACGGAGAAUUCAUGGAAGGUAUCACUGCUAGUGGAUUGCUUCUUCUGUACUCGCAAUCAAUGGAAGGUAAUCCUCUUUACCUCUGCAAUUUGAUCACUCGUGAAUCCGACUAUGGUCAUCGCGUAUACACCCUCGGAACAGGAACGUGGAGGCGUGUUGAAGCCGGCGCUGCUUCCGGUUUCAAAUUUUUUGGUCAAAACAUUGUAUGUAAUGGGAACCUUCAUUGGAUAGUAUUCGAUUUGAGUCAUAACAUAUGGAUUUGUGGUUUUGAUGUUGAAACCGAAUGUUUUAGAAUCUUCUCUGUUCCUCCUGGUGGAGAUAGAGGUGGGGAUUUGUCUGUUUUGAAGGACUGCCUGUGCUAUUCUUACGCACACGACAAUGAAGUUGUCAUCUGGAUGAUGAAGGAAUACCAAGUCGAGGAUUCUUGGACCAUAGAGUACAAGUUGCGUACUAUUAGUUUUGGUUUUGAUUUUGAUUUGGAUUAUAUAUGUGUUCAUCCAACUAAACAUUUUAAGGAUGGUGACAUUUUGAUGUUGCUGGACGAAACUGAUCUCGUCUACUACUCCAAUAAGAUAAGAACUUUUCAACGAGUCGGUAUAUUUAAGGAUGCAGCUGCGGGUUACCUUACCGCCCUGAUUUUCACUCCUAGCCUUUUCUCACUCAAGAAUUUUGGAUUCGAGAAUGUGAUCUCGUUUUAGUUCAUAAUUCUUGUCUACAUUUUUGUGUUCGUGGGUAAGGUUUCUUUGUGGUGUAGUUUUUCGGUUCUAUGUAUGUGAGUCACUUCUAUGUGUAAUCUUUUUAUCGGUGUGGUGUUUGUUCUUUUUAUCGGUGUAA